AUGGCAGAAAUAAAAUUCUUAGAUAUAGAAUCUAUAAACGGCCCUAACACUUAUAACGAAAGAAGAAUACAUGUUUUGAAUGUGCCUGCCCUAAGUUAUAGUGACUUUUUUAGUAAAUAUAUGUUCACCAAUAGUCCCUGUGUUAUAAAAAAUGUUUGCGAAGAAUGGAGAGCAUUCAAAGAUUGGGCUUCUAGUGAGAAGAUAAACUGGGACUUUUUCAUAGAAAAUUAUGGUGACUUUGAAGCACCUGUAGCAGAUUGUAACAAACUUGACUUUAAUGCUCAAUGUAAAUCUAACAUGAGAGUAAAAGAAUUUAUGGAAUAUUUAAAAUUGGAUGAGAAAGAACAUCUUCUAUAUCUUAAGGAUUGGCAUUUAAAAGCAAUGUUAAAAAAAGUAAAUUCACCAGAAAACUUUUACAAAGUUCCUGAGUAUUUUGCAUCUGACUGGUUAAAUGAAUAUGCUGAAGAUAAAAAAGAAGAUGACUUUCAAUUUGUUUAUAUUGGGGCAAAAGAUACAUGGACACCAUUACAUGCAGAUGUAUACUCUUCCUACAGCUGGUCUGUCAACAUAUUUGGCAAGAAAAAGUGGAUUUUGUUUCCCCCUGGCGAAGAAGACAAUCUUAGAGAUUCACUAAGAAAUUUGCCUAUUUUAUUUAAAAGUGAAAAAUUUGGGUGUAUUCAAUAUUUUGAAGUUAUUCAAGAAAAGGGAGAUGCCAUAUUUGUUCCAUCAGGAUGGCAUCACCAAGUAUUUAAUCUACAGGAUACAAUUUCAAUUAACCACAAUUUUAUCAAUGCUUGUAAUAUAGAUAUAGUGUGGAUGGCUCUGCAAAAAAACUUGACAGAUGUAGAAAAAGAAAUUGAAGAAUUUAAGGACAGCCCUGAUUAUCUAAAUCAGUGUCAAAUUAUUUUAAAAUCAUUAUUUGGUAUGGACUUCUACUCCUUUAUUGAUCUAAUUGCCCAUAUAGCUGAAAAGAGAUUGAAGCAACUUCAAGGUGUAAAUUUUACAGUUUUUAAUUCAUAUCAAUUUGGGAACAAACAUAUAAAAUUUGAUUUACAAACUUUGUAUAAAAUAUUUAACUCAAUAGAAAACCAUAUUUUAUUUAAAAAUAAAUUCUUAAAACUAUCCCCCAACCAUUUGGAACUGAAAAAGGAAAUUUCUCUUGUAAUAAAGAAUAGUUAA